CGUAAGUCAGGGUUGUAUUUUUGUUCCCAAGAAUAUUAAAAAGACAAGAAGACAAUUGAGAAGAGAAGAUUUGUGAGGAUGGUUUAAUACUUUAAAAGUGUGUUUAAAGUUCUCUUGUGUAUAUAUUUCAUCUUUAUUGCGAUUCAUCAGCAAUGUCGAAUUUACCACCUAAUCCUUACAAUAGUAACACUGGGGCACCGUUUACGAACGCAAACCCAGGUCCUUCAUUGUUUAGUCACAGCCAGCAGUUUAAUCAGGCACCGAUAAGCCAAUUACCACCAGGUCAACUGCCACCUGGAUAUUCUGGAAUAAAACAAGAUACAAACUCAAAUAGCCCUCUCCAUGCUUAUCAGAACAGUGGUCUGCAGAAUAUGAACAAUUAUAACCAAAGUGCAAGCAGUUCUCCUGCGUUUAAUAAUCCAGGGGCGGUAAUGCCCCAGACAAGUCUGCAGUCAUCACCAAUGAGGCCACCUAUAAAGCAAACUUCUAUGGCUCCUAGUCCCAAUUUUCAAUCGGCAAGUCCAAGACCAGUUUCUAAUGCUAACCCUUCACCAUUACCUCCUCCAACUAAUUUUCAAGCACAGUCAAGACAAAUUAAUGACAAUGCACCACCUCUCAAUCCUUCUAGUCAAUAUAAUCAGCCUUUUGUGAAUGGACCAUCUAUUGUUUCAUCUCAGCGCCCUGUAUCUCAGUCUCAGAUCCCAUAUUCUGCACCAUCAAGUACCUUUAAUACUGCACCUAAUGGUAAUAGAUCUCCCGCCAAUUUUGGGCCACCCCCUAUAAAUUCAGCUUAUGGGCCGCCUACAUCAAUACCUCCAGCAUCAUUAGCAAAUCAACCAAUUUCGGGACCACCAAGAAAUGGCCCUCAGUUAACUGGACCUAAUACAACAAGACCUCCACAAUUAGCUACUUCAACUGGUCCUUCUCUACAACCUGGCUGGCCAGUGGGAUUUAAUGGUCCUAAUUUUGGUCCACAACCAGGACCUCCUUCUGGGCCUCCAAGUGUUGUACCUGGAGGUGAUCUGGGAAAAAUGGCUCCUGUUAGCGGUCCCCUCACAGGACCUCUGAUGAGUGCUGGUUCUAUACAAUCAAAUCCUGGCCCUUAUAAAAAUGGACCUUCAGGUCUUAGUCAACCAGUGGGCUUUCCUGUUCCUCCUAGUAGUCAGGCCAUAUCACAACAUAACUCUACUGGUCCAUUAAAUUUACCACCAAGAUCCCAAGGUCUACCUUCUGGCCCCCAUAGUUUGCCACCAAUGGGAAAUCCAAUGGUUCCUCCGUCAAUUGGACCACCAGGUUUCCCAAGUAUUCCACCUGGUUUCUCGGGAGGACCACCUGGUCUCCCUACUGGACCGCCUGGUCCCCUUAAUGGACCACCUGGUCUUCCUACUGGACCGCCAGGUCCCCCAACAGGACCUUCAGGUCUCCCAAGUGGACCUACAGGUCUCCCAAGUGGACCUCCAAGUCUUCCCACUGGACCUCCGGGUCUUCCAUGUGGACCUACUGGUCUCCCAAGUGGACCUCCCAGUCUCCCCACUGGACCUCCCGGUCUCCCAAGUGGACCUACUGGUCUCCCAAGUGGACUAGCCAAGGGUAAUAUGCAGAGUCGGUAUCCUCAGAUGCAACAGACUAAUUAUAUCAAUCAGCAACCAAUGCCAGCACAACAUAACAUAGGACGACAACCAAUACAACAAUAUGGCGCACAAGGAUUAACCCAGCAAAUGGGUCAGUUGAGUGUGACAAAACAGGGUUAUGAUCAACUAUGGGGCCACCAGAUGAUAGAUCUCCUACAGUGCAGACAAGUUUUACCUGAUUAUCCAGAGGAUCCACCAGAGAUACGACUUGGGCCUCAGUUUGCUGAAUCAUCUAACUGCAGUCCAGACAUCUUCAGGUGUACGAUAAACCGUAUACCUGAAACAAAUAAACUAUUGGAAAAGUCGCGGUUGCCACUAGGAAUAUUGAUUCAUCCCUUCAAAGAUUUGAAUCACUUGCCUGUGAUUCAGUGUUCUACAAUAGUUCGGUGUCGCGCGUGCCGCACCUAUAUCAACCCCUUCGUGUAUUUUGUUGAUUCGAAACGAUGGAAGUGCAACCUCUGCUAUAGAGUCAAUGAUUUGCCCGAAGAAUUCCAAUACGAUCCAGUGAGUAAAUCAUAUGGGGACCCGUGUCGGCGUCCGGAGAUCAAGUCCGCCACGAUAGAGUUCAUAGCGCCCAGCGAGUACAUGCUGAGGCCGCCGCAGCCUGCCGUCUACCUGUUCCUCUUGGACGUGUCUCAACUUGCACGAGAAUCAGGCUACCUGCAGGUAGUAUGUGACACGCUGAAGAAUAACUUAGAGCAGCUGCCCGGCGAUGCCCGCACACAAGUAGGCUUCAUCUGUUUCGACGCACACAUACACUUUUACUUCAUGAGCGACGGCCUCACGCGGCCCAAGGAGAUGACUGUUUUAGACAUUGAUGACGUGUUCCUGCCGUCUCCCGAGUCGCUGCUGGUGAACUUGGGCGAGCGGCGUGAGCUCAUCAAGGAGUUGCUGACUGUACUACCACAGCGGCACUCCACUCCUGGAGUGGCAGCUUCAGCGCUCGGUGCAGCGCUGCAGGCAGCCUACAAGCUGAUGGCUCCAACUGGAGGUCGCAUCACUGUAUUCCAAACUUGUCUUCCUAACAUUGGACCUGGAGCAUUACAAUCACGCGAGGAUCCGAACGCGCGGUCCGCGAAGGAGGUGGCGCACUUGAGUCCGGCGACCGACUUCUACAAGCGACUGGCGCUCGACUGCAGCGGCGCGCAGGUGGCCGUCGAUCUCUUCCUCCUCAACUCGCAGUAUGCGGACCUUGCCACGCUUAGCGGCAUGAGCAAAUUCAGCGCGGGCUCGGUGUACCAGGUGGCGAUGUUCCGGGGCGACCGCACGUGGCAGGCGGCCGGGCUGGUGCGACAACUCACGCGCUACCUCACCAGAAAGAUCGGCUUCGAGGCCGUCAUGAGGGUCCGCUGCACCAGGGGUAUAUCGAUCCACACAUUCCAUGGCAAUUUCUUCGUGCGCUCAACGGAUCUGUUAUCUCUACCGAAUGUAUCACCUGACGCCGGCUUUGGAAUGCAGCUCAGUAUUGAGGAGUCACUUGCUGAUCUCCAACAGGUCUGCUUUCAGGCUGCCCUACUGUAUACUAGUAGUAAAGGAGAGAGACGUAUUCGCGUGCAUACCCUGGCGUUGCCGCUAGCGAGUAAUCUACCCGAUGUGUUGCACUCUGCCGACCAGGCCUGCAUCAUAGGUCUACUGGCCAAGAUGGCCGUGGACCGGUGCGUGAGCGCGAGCAUGUCGGAGGCGAAGGAGGCGCUCAUCAACGUGGCCGUGGACGCGCUGUCGGCGCACCGCCUCGCGCAGAACCUGCCGCCCGGCGCCGCCAGCCCCGCCCUGCACGCGCCCGCCGCGCUGCGCCUGCUGCCGCUGUACCUGCUGGCGCUGCUCAAGCGGAAAGCAUUCCGCACGGGCGUCUCGACAAGGCUGGACGAGCGCGUGUCGGACAUGUGCGACAUGAAAACGAUGCCGUUGUCGCAGCUGCUGCGCGCUGUGUACCCCGACCUGUAUGCGCUGCAUACGCUACACGAGUACUUGGACCCCAAAGAUCCCUACGACCCUCACGACAUCUGCGAUAUGCCAGCUGUGGAUGAAGAUCCAGCACCGGAUCCGCCGCGGAUGCAUCUCACCGCUGAAAGGAUAAACUCUAACGGCGCGUACCUGCUGGACGACGGCGAGACGAUGAUCGUGUACGUGGGACACGCGGUGGGCGGCGGAUACCUCUCGGAGACGUUCGGUGUGACCGCGCACAGCCAGCUGGCGGACGAGGCGCGCAGCCUGCCGCGGCUGCCCACGCGCGGCAGUGCGCUGCUGCACGCCUUCAUCGACCGCCUCAACGAGGAGCGGCCCUACGCGGCCGGCGUGCUCGUCCUGAGGGACAAUUCACCAACCCGUUCGUUAUUCACGGACCGACUACUAGACGACCGCGUUGAGUCCGCUUUCUCCUACUACGAGUUCUUACAGCACGUGAAAACCCAAGUGAAAUGAGUGUCGAGUGAUAAGCCAGUGACUUUUAUAACGGACUCGCCCACUCAGCGGCUCGAGGUGACAAACAGACGGUAGUGAAGACUCGACGCCACAUAUGUGUCACUGCCCUAGGUUUGAUAAGUAAUUUACGAGUUGUGUUGUACGCUUAUUGAUAAAUUCCAAAAUUAUAAAUUAUGAAAAUUCAACCUUAUACAAAAGUCGAUUUUUCUAAAUUAUUAUUUUUUGGGUUAAAGCAGUUUAUUUAUUUAUUGAGCGUUCGAUGUACUCUACGAUACAGUUCGAAAAUAAUAUAUUUACGCAAUUAUAAAAAGUUUACUACCAUGUAAAUAGUUUAUUUAUAUACACUAGUUGUUACCCGCAACUUUAUACCCAUAGCAAUAGUACUCAAUUUACUAUCUAUUUUGAAAAUUGUAGGUUAAAUUAUUCUAUGUCAUUCUUCAAGAUUCAAACUAUCGCUGCACGAAAAUUCAAUACAAAUGGUUUAUUAGUUUAGGAGUUAAUAUGUAACAGACCCUUAGUAAUAUUAGUAAAUGCUAGCUGAGCCAACGCCCUCGUCCAAUGAAUUUGAAAUGAAGCAAAGACUAAAUUUUAAGCGAAAUAUAUGAUACAUUAGUGAAAACUACACUCAAGUCGGUUAAGUCAUUUCUGAGAUAAGCGCGCACAAAGAAACAGAUGAAAAAUAUAAAAAUCAUUU